UGGCCGCCUUCUGGGCACCCGGUGAAGUGGGCGAGUUGCGGGGAGGGUCCCUCACCCCGCGCCUCUGCCCCAGGUCCAGGAAGGGCCUGAGCGGGCCCUGGCCUUGGGGAGAGAAGGGUCCCAGCAGGCGGUGUCUGGGCCCUCGCUGGCUGCGCCCACCAGGGUUCCCACCCACUCAGGUUCCAAGAGUUGCUGGAGGGCCUCCUCCCUGGGGUGGGGCCUUGGGGGACAGGCUUCCCGGCUGCUGAGAGGGGUAGGGCGAGCGCCCCUCUCUCCCGCCUGACUCCGUGUCUGCCUGUUCCUUUCCUCCCUCCCGCCCAUCCCUGAUCUGUGGGGAGCAUCGCCCGAGCGCUGGCCUGCUCUGUCACCUUCCUUCUGACACAGAAGUGGCAGGUCCAGCCCUGGAGGGGCUGGAAUGGAGUGAGCCAAGAUUACUCAAGGCUGCUCCGGGGACUCAGCCUGAGGGUUCCCCCUCCAGCCUCCUGGGCCCUCCUGCCUGGCUGCUGCCGGAAACCCCCCUGGGGAGCACGAGGGCAGCAUCGCCACCCCAGCAAGGACAUGGCUUUUGUGGAUGCGGCCCCGAGAGGGCAGGACAGGGGCAGAGAAGGGGUGUGGGCAGCCCUGGCCCUUAAUGCCUCCUCAUUCCCGGCUGAGCCUCCGGACACCGCAGGGAACAUCAUCCCGGUCUACUGCGCCUUGCUGGCCACUCUGGUCCUUGGUCUGCUUGCCUACGUGGCCUUCAAGUGCUGGCGCUCACAUAAGCAAAGACAGCAGUUGGCCAAAGCUCGCACUGCAGAACUGGGGGGCCUGGGGGGCCUGGAUGUGGACCAGGCCCGCGGACGCAGUGUCUUCCUGGACUCUCCCAGCGAUAGCAGCCAUGGUGAGCCCAUCUCCAUUCUGGUCUCUGGGCCACGCCCAGAGCUCGGCUGUCGACUUUACCUUCAUCUCCCUCGGCGGCAGCAGGAGGAAGUAGAGCGGCUCCUGGAAGCUCCCAGCGAACCCGAACCUGGCAAGGGCUGGCGGGGGCUGGCGGGCCGUCUGGGCUACCAGGCUGAGGCUGUGGAGACCAUGGCUCAGGGCCAGGCGCCAGCCCACACCCUGCUGAGGGACUGGGCCACCCAGGAGGGCAGCAGAGCCACCCUCAAGGUGCUGGAGGAGGCCCUGGCUGCCAUGGGUCGGGAAGAUGUGCUGCAGGCCCUGAGCCCGGCAGCUCAAGACUGCCCAGUGGUGUGAGUGACGCCGACUGGCCGCGAUCCUCCCCCGACACCUUCCCCUUCAGGGUUUCUCCACAUUCCCGGCCUCAACCUCUUGGUUCUGGAGGCAACUGCCGUGCCUGCUGCCACUCCCCCACGCAGGAUG